AAGCGCCAAGCUCCCUUGUGUCGCCUUCAAAUCGCCAGCAGCCAGACAAUCAGAAGUCCAAGCUGCUCCCAACUAUGCCUGCGCUCCCUUUUGCCUCUGGAUUGACGCUCAAGUAAACUGUUCGAUCGAUCUUUAACCUCACCAUCACAAUUAGCAGCAGCUCCUCGUUCUUGCACCCGUCCUCUCCUCUUCAAUCCUUCAGCCUUUUCAGCCUGCUGCCAUGGCUUGCACCAUGUCCUUUUUAACUCGGCUACUUAAGGACUUGACCGCACAGUGAGGCAGAGACCGGGUGGAUUUAUGCUCCUUAGAGUCUCACGUUGCAUCCAAAAGGAAAUUUGUGGAAGUUUGAGCAGCUGGAGGAUGCAGGGGACGUGUUGGUGCGCCGUGGUCCUCCUCACGCCUGUACUUGACCUGAUUACAAGUGUCCACUCCUCAAAUUCUGAGAUUAUUAAAUCUGGGAACCCUAAAUCUGCUCUCAAGCAUAUAUGGACAGAAAGCAGUAAGGACAUGUCCAUAAGUAGGCUUUUGUUAGAGACUCUGCAUGGCAAAGACAACAACACUGCACUGAACCUUCAUUAUGAUACCCCAGAACCCUAUUCAGAACAAGAUCUGUGGGAAUGGUUGAGAAACUCCACUGACCUGCAGGACUCGCGGCCCCGGGCUAAACGGCGGCCCAUGGUCAAGACUGGGAAGUUUAAAAAGAUGUUUGGCUGGGGGGACUUUCACUCUAACAUCAAGACAGUUAAGCUCAACCUGCUGAUCACUGGUAAGAUAGUGGAUCACGGCAAUGGCACGUUCAGUGUCUACUUCCGCCACAACUCCACAGGACAGGGCAAUGUAUCUGUCAGUCUGGUCCCUCCAACUAAGAUAGUGGAAUUUGAUGUAGCAGCACAACAGUCUGUCAUUGAUGCCAAGGACUCCAAGUCCUUUAACUGCCGCAUAGAGUACGAGAAGGUGGAGAAGGGUGCCAAGAACACACUCUGCAACUUUGACCCAUCCAAGACAUGCUACCAGGAGCAAACCCAGAGUCAUGUCUCCUGGCUCUGCUCGAAACCUUUUAAAGUAAUCUGCAUCUUCAUUUCCUUUUAUAGCACCGACUACAAACUGGUGCAGAAAGUGUGUCCGGACUACAACUACCAUAGUGACACUCCUUAUUUCCCAUCUGGCUGAUAUUUGAAUAUAAACAAAUGCAAUAUUGUUGAUGAGUGGAACAAUGAACAAGGCUUCGACCCACCACUAAGGAAUGUGUAUCAAACCAACAUCAACUUAUUGAGUUCAUAUUCUAAAGUUUCAAUUUUUGCACGGAUUAAACUUCCUUAUUAAUGUUCAAAUUUGUGAAAUACAAAGCUAUACCCAUUCUGAGCCGGCGACAGAACCCCUUCUCCUGGAACAUCUGCCACUUGAAUAUGUACAAUAGAUAUUUAGGAUUGAUUGAUUGAUUGGUUGGUUGAACACCCAACAAGCCAGAUAAGUAGUUACACGUGCACAAUCCACUUAGGUCCGAUACACAAUGCUUUUAAUGUGGCAGAUUCAAUUUUUGCCUUUCUUUUCUGAUAGUGACUACUUUAUUACCUUACCACAGAUCUAUUAUUCAACUCAAGCAAGUUUAAAGGGGAAGUAAAAAAAAAAAAAAAAUAUGAGUUGUCCUCACAGCACAGUUGAAGAUACUGUGAACAUUACAACAAUAGUUUGUUUUUAGUAUUUGAGGUGGUCUUGUAGAGCAAUAAAAUGAGUCUGAGCAAAGGCUCCCACAUCUGAAUUUCAGUGUUGUCACUGUUUACAACAUUGAAAAUUGACUCUGGAACACAACCGCUCGUCAGCUGUCUUCAAAAUGCAGUCUACAGAAUACUACUCCUAAUCAAAACUUCUUAGAUUCUUAGAUAACGACCUACCUGAUUACCUGACAAUAACCUAAUCACUGGGUUGUUUUGUGGAGAUAGGAUGCACUCAUUAUCACUUAACAUACAUUCGUAUAUUAUGUAAUGUAUUGAAUUCUAUAUCUCAUUGCCUAAUUUGUAUUAAUUGUUUGUACUGUAAAUAGUUUACUCUCCAGUUGCUUCUGUAUAUGCACCCCAUGUUCAUGUUACUCCAUUCUUACUUAGUCUACAAGUUCAUCCAAAUGAUGCUUGUUCUUGAUUUUUCUAAAACAAUGAUGUUGUAGCCCUAUAUGUGAUUUUACUGGAAACAGCAAUCCUGUAUAGAGUCUGUAUCAACUAACUCCAGGGUGUCCGCAGAAACACACACAUGAAGUAAUUUAAAUACAUUGGAUAAGAAGAAGAAGAAGAUGAAGAAGAAGAGUUCUAUGAAUCUUCUUGUGACUUUUUUUCUAUGGGGUACAGUAAGAGCAAAAUUUAAGUACCUCAGCUUCCUGCAAGGUAAAAUUUUAAGAUUUAUCACUUGGGCUGGACUAUAAGAGCUACACACAUUGUCAUGAAUCAUACACCUGUACCUAAUAACUGUAAAAUAUAUUACACAAAGUUACAUACACUAGUGUUCAAAAUAAUAGUACGUAGUCCUAUGUGACAAGUCAGAUUAUUCCACAUUUUAAGUACAUUUUUGUAGCUACAUGUCAAAAACGUUACCAGCAGGUGCACUAGAAUCUCAGAAAACCAAAAAGACCAAGCAUUCAUGAUAUACUCACUGUUAAGGCUAUGUAAUUGGGUAAUUUGUUGAAAGGAGUGUCUUAAAAAUAUAGCAGUGUGGCAUUCUAUCAGUGAGGUCAUCAAUUUUGUGAAAAACAGAUGUGAAUCAGGUGGCCCCUAUUUGAAGGAUGAAGACAGCUCCUGUAGAAAAUGGGUCAUUAAACACAUUGCUCAGAAGAACAGCAUACUUUGAUUCAAAUUUUAAUUGGAGAAGGGAAACCUUAUGAAAUGGCAAAAAAAAAAUAUGAUAGGCUCUUCGGCUAAAAUGAUCUCUAAUGCCUUAAAAUGGAGAGCAAAACCAGAGACGUGGCAGAAAACAGAAGACAACCAUCGAAAUUGAUCGCAGAAGAACCAGAUUAACAAAGGCUCACCCAAUGAUCUGCUCCAGGAUGAUCAAACUACAUGUACGUCUGUGUGAUCCUAAUCUACAAGAAUCCCCUUCAAAGUCCUCUUUAAAAAAAAAAAAAAAAAGGCAACUGUUUAAAAAAAAAGACAUCUGCAGUAGAGGCUACAAUUUGCAAAAGAACACAUCAACCGACCUUGAUAGAAAUUGAGGGGAAAACAAUUGGACUGAUAAGAGUAAUAUUGUUCUUUUUUUGGUCCAGGGGUGCAGACCUUUUGUGACACGACCCCCAAACUUUGAAUCCAAGUCACAGUACACAGUAAAGUGAAGCAUGGUGGUGAAAGCAUCAUGAUAUGGGCAUGUAUCUCCUACAAUGGUUUUGAGCCUAUUUACUGAAUACCAGGGAUCAUGGAUGGGUUUGCAUAUGUCAAAAUACUUGAAGAGGUCAUGUUGCCUUAUUCUGAAAAGGACACGCCAAUGAAAUGGGGGUUUCAACAAGACAAUGACCCCAAACAAACGACUUAACAUACAAAGUCUUGAUUCCACAACAACAAAGUUAAUGUCAUAGAGUGGCCAGGCCAAUCCCAGACCUUAAUUCAAUAAAAAACAUGUGGGGUGACAUAAAAUAUGCAAAAACAAGAAAUGUAAAUGAAUAUUGGAAUGUCGCUAAGGAAUCUUGGAGUGAAAUACCAGCUCAAAGGUGCCACAAGUUGGUUCACUCCAUGCUACAUAGAUGUGAAGCACUUAUAUAUAUAUAAAAAAAAAAAAAAAACUCAGGACAUACAACUAAUAAUUACUUUAGUGAUUGAAAUGAUUGGAAAAUCCUUGAAACAAAAAGAAAUUGUUCAAAAUAAUUUUGAGUUUGUAAAGCCAUUGGCAGACUGCUAUUUUUUUUAACACACCCCUUUCAACAUAUUGCAAAAUUGCACAGCCUUCAGAGUGUGUAUAUCAUUAAUGGUGGGUCUUGUUGGUUUUCUGAGAAUCAACUGCACUUACUGGUAACCUGUUUGACAUGUAGAAAUUAAAAAUAUAAUGAAAAUUUGGCUUGAUCUGGUUAGUCAUUUUGGACUGCUAUUAUUUUGAACACGACUGUAGUUUUUUAAAUCAGGGAGUGUUUUUGUGGUCACCCUGUACAAUACAAGUAUUCAUUAUAAUUGUCUU